AACAACGCGGGGGCUGUCGAGUUUUUUUUAAACACGAACAGAGAUUUGUAACGUUGUAUCGCAUGAACUGUACGAUAGAUGACACGAGUUGAUUCGAAUUGGACUCUUUUUCUGGUAAUGUUGGUGAAGAAGUGAAACCGUUUAGCGGAGUGGUUUACUGAACUGGCGCCGGAUUUAUGGAAAUGGAGUGUGGUGUAUCAUCGGUGUAUCAUCAUUAGAACGACUACAAAAAGAACGGAAGAACUCAUUGCAGUUGAGGUCUUAACGCCCAAACUAAAACACACCACCACCACCACACACCCAGUUUAAUAAGGCUACAGACUUGGAUCUUUAGCAGUCGGGAUGGAACGACGUCGCAAACUUUGUUUAUUUUUGGCUUCGAUCCUGUCUUGUUUACAGUGGACAACCUCUUUCAACCUGGAUAUUGACAAGCCCUAUGUAUUCUCUGGACCGAAAGGAAGUUAUUUUGGAUUUUCUGUGGAUUUUUUCCAGCCAAAUAAUAAGCAGUCAAACAUUCUUAUAGGAGCUCCCAGAGCCAACACCUCCUCAGCUUCCACCGUGGUGGAGCGAGGGGCAGUCUAUACCUGCCCGUGGCAGAAGAGUAGUGACUGUACCCAAGUACAGUUUGACAAUACUGAUGAUCGCGAGAAUAUGGAUGGAGUCCAGAUGGAGGUCAAGUCCAACCAGUGGUUUGGAGCCACGGUACGGUCAGACGGUGAACACAUCCUGGCCUGUGCACCUCUCUACCAGUGGAGCACGUACAGCUUCUCCGAGCGAGAGCCUGUUGGAACGUGUUUCUUGAAGAAAGGACGAGACGUGGUGGAGUACUCUCCCUGUCGAUCUAAUGCUAACUCUCCAGAGGGACAAGGAUUCUGUCAGGCUGGAUUCAGUAUUGACUUUGUCAAGAAUAACAGGGUGGUUGUUGGAGGCCCUGGUAGUUUCUAUUGGCAAGGUCAGCUGAUCAGCGACGAUAUCUCUGAGAUCAUCGCCCGGUUCAACAACAACUACUACACUCCUUACAGUAACCAGCUGACCACCAAGUCUGCCAGCGCUCAAUACGACGACAGCUAUUUAGGUUACUCUGUGACCGUCGGAGACUUCAAUGAGGAUGGAGAAGAUG